AUGAAAAGAAAGGCUGAAUCUCCCCCAACUGAUCUAACAAGAUGGAGGUUGACUGUCCUAGAUGGUAGGCAAACAUGGCACUAUGAAGAUGAAAACGUUCCAUCAAGAGAACAAAGUGCAAUUGAGCGCCAUGCUUUGGGACUGAAUACGGAUAAGGACUUUCUCGAUUUAUCGAAGGCAGUGACUGUCAAAGAUCAUCUCGUCAACGCCAUGGAAUUUUAUAAAAAAUUGCAAACUGAAGACGGCCACUGGUCUGGCGAUUACGGUGGACCUUUAUUCCUAAUGUCAGGCCUAAUAAUUGUUUGUCAUAUCACACAAUCUGGUUUAACUGAAUAUCAGAGAAAAGAAAUGAUUCGGUAUUUAAAGAAUGUCGAAAACACAGAUACUGGCGGUUGGGGAUUACAUACUGCUGGUCCAGCGACAGUGUUUGGAACUGCAACUAAUUAUGUUGCUAUGAGAUUGCUAGGGGCUGAUAAAGAUGAUCCUGUUAUGACUAGAGCUAGACGAUUCUUACAUAGCCAAGGUGGAGCUGUCGGUAUUCCAUCAUGGGGUAAAUUCUGGCUGAGUGUACUAAAUGUAUAUGAAUGGGAUGGUAUGCACUCCCUGCUACCAGAAAUGUGGAUAAUGCCACAAUGGAUGCCUGCCCAUCCUUCUACAAUUUGGUGUCAUUGCAGACAAGUUUAUUUACCGAUGGCAUAUUGUUAUGGUAUAAGGUUUAAAGCCAAGGAAGAUGAUCUUAUUAAAGCUCUCAGAAAAGAAUUGUACGUCCAGCCAUACGAAAAAAUCGAUUGGCCGGCUCAAAGAAAUAACAUCGCUGCGGUUGAUAUCUACACGCCUCAUAGCUUUCUUCUAGAUACAGCAUAUGUAUUUAUUGAUUUUUACGAAUCUUGCCAUAACUCGUGGAUCAGGAAGAAGGCACUGGAUGAACUUUUGGAUCAUGUAAAAGCUGAUGAUAGAUUUACAGAUUGUAUUAGCAUUGGCCCGAUUUCUAAGGUAAUAAAUAUGUUAGUUCGAUGGAUUGUUGAUGGACCAGAAAGUGAUGUAUUUAAACGCCACGUGGACCGUAUUCCAGAUUAUCUAUGGAUUGGUCGCGAUGGGAUGAAAAUGCAGGGUACUAAUGGUUCACAGUUAUGGGACUGUGCAUUUGCAGUACAAGCAUUUGCUGAGGCUGGUGCAGCAAAUUUGCCCUCAAUGAAAAGUUGCAUGCAAAAAGCGUACGAGUUUUUAAAAGUCACCCAGAUCCCUGAUAAUCCACCAGAGUACAAAAAAUAUUAUAGGCAAAUGAAUAAGGGUGCGUUCCCGUUUAGUACAAGAGAGUGUGGCUGGAUUGUAGCCGACUGUACCGCAGAAGGUCUGAAAGCUGUAUUAGCAAUUCAUGAAAGUUGCGAUUUCGUCAAGGAUCGUAUAUCCGAAGAAAAGUUAUAUCACAGCGUUGAUGUGUUGCUUGACAUGCGUAAUGAGGAUGGGGGAUUUGCUACAUAUGAAACAAAGCGCGGUGGCAAAUUGUUAGAACUGUUAAAUCCAUCUGAAGUUUUCGGCGAUAUCAUGAUUGAUUACACCUACUGCGAGUGUACAUCAGCUGUUAUGCUUGGAUUAAUUAAAUUUCAGAAAUUUUAUCCAAGUUACCGCGAUACGGAAGUAAAGGAAACAUUACAAAAUGGCCUAAAUUAUAUUAAAAGAAUCCAGCGACCUGAUGGCUCUUGGGAAGGGAGUUGGGCAAUUUGCUUCACGUAUGGGACAUGGUUUGGAUUAGAAGCAUUUGCAGCAAUGGGUUAUAAAUACGAGAACGGGGAAGCAAAUGAGUAUGUGAAAAAGGCCUGUAGAUUUCUAGUUAGUAAACAAAAAAAAGAUGGCGGUUGGGGAGAAGACUACAAAUCCUGCGAACAGCGUCAGUAUGUUGAAGCAUCAGAAUCUCAAAUUAUUAAUACAUGUUGGGCAUUAUUGGGUCUUUUAGCAGUAAGAUAUCCUGAUAAAGCAGUUAUAGACAAGGGCAUCAAUGUAAUCGUAAAGGCUCAAAAGGCAAAUGGCGAUUGGCCUCAGGAAUUGAUUUCAGGUAUUUUCAACAAAUCAUGUGCGAUUCAUUACGAAAGUUAUCGUAAUAUCUUCCCAAUUUGGACGCUGGCUCGUUAUGAAGGAGUAUACGAUUCUUCCUAA